AUGAUAAGUUCCAAGUUCCAUAUACUACAUAGCGGAAUGAGCUCAGCUCCCCGCGAGCCAAUAUAUCGCCACUUCGAUAUGGCAGGUAACAACAGUUAUAAUGGCAAGAACGACAGCAGCAGCAGGAGGACAGGGUCAAAAUCCUGUCAGGCUAAGGGGAAUCGUCCGCACCGCAAAGAAACAAAAAAGAGAAUCAAGAGAGGGGACGACGACAUAGAUCAGAGGUAUUCGUUUAUGACACCGUCGCGAGAGAGAGAGAGAGAGAGAGAGAGAGAGAAAGCAUUGAAGCAUGUAUCGAAAACGGGGUUGAGAGGCAUUGGAAUGGAACGAAACGCAUACAACAGACUGGAUGAGAAGGGAAUUGGAGGGGGAGAAACAGAGCUCAAAUGCUGCUAA